UCUGUAUCUUCCUCUUAUCUGAAAGACUGAAACCGAAAGUGAGCGCGAAUGGCCUCGCUGUCCACAUGUGUCGCUCUUCACACACUAUAUUCAGCUCAAGCUCGCGCGAACACUCCAAACACUCGUAAAACCUCCCCAAGAAAGCUCUCCCGAAACCGAAAUCCCAAGCUCAAACUUCGAACUUGUUCUGAUGGAUUGCCACCGCUGCCGCCUUCACCUGUUGAGCUUUCCGGAGGAGGAGAAGCUACCGCUUAUACUCGUCUUCCCCCGAAGGAAGACUUCAUCGAUGAUUCCGUCCAGUCUUCAAAUUUCAUUUCCAAUGAAGUUAAGCUAUCUGAUUUUGGGUUUGUAAAGAAUGCUGAGAAAAAGAGUUCGAUUCAUGAAAGAAACCGUGCCAUGGAUGAUUCAGGGAGCGAAGAAGAGGUUCUAGAUGCGAACUUGGGGUUUGAUUACGGAAAAUUUGAGUUACUGUACGAAAAUUCUGCUUCGGAUAAUGAUGACGAUGAUGAUAACGGCAAGGAAGUAUUAGGGUUUGAGUACGAGGAGACGGAGACCUUUUUGGAUGGUGAAGAUGAUUCAGAAGGGGAAGGGAAAGAGAAAGGAGUACCGGCGGUAAUGAGAUGUUUCGAUCGGGCGAAAAUCUACGUGAAGGCUGGAGAUGGCGGAAACGGUGUUGUUGCCUUUCGGCGCGAGAAGUACGUGCCAUUCGGUGGGCCGUCGGGUGGAGAUGGAGGGAGAGGAGGGAAUGUUUAUGUGGAGGUUGAUGGUUCAAUGAAUUCUUUGCUGCCCUUCCGUAAGAACAUCCAUUUCCGGGCUGGGAGAGGGUAUCAUGGGCAGGGGAGAGACCAGGCUGGCUCUAAGGGAGAGGAUGUUGUGGUGAAGGUGGCGCCGGGAACUGUGAUAAGAGAGGCUGGUAAAGCAGGUGAACAAAGUAAUUUUCUUUUUGAGCUGUUGCAUCCUGGGCAGAGGGCGCUGUUGUUACCUGGUGGGCUUGGUGGGAGAGGCAAUGCCUCGUUCAAGUCAGGUACGAACAAGGUGCCCAAGAUUGCAGAGAAGGGAGAAAAGGGCAUAGAAAUGUGGCUGGAGUUGGAGCUAAAGCUGGUUGCUGAUGUUGGAAUAGUAGGUGCUCCUAAUGCAGGAAAGAGCACCCUCCUCAGUGUUAUAAGCGCUGCUCAGCCAACAAUAGCAAAUUAUCCUUUUACAACUUUGCUUCCUAAUCUGGGAGUUGUUUCAUUUGAUUAUGAUGCAACAAUGGUGGUAGCAGAUCUUCCAGGAUUACUUGAAGGAGCACACCGUGGUUUUGGUUUAGGUCACGAGUUUCUAAGACACACUGAGAGAUGUUCUGUCUUGGUGCAUGUUGUUGAUGGGUGGGGGCAGCAGCCAGAGUAUGAGUUUGAUGCUGUGCGUCUUGAGUUGGAACUAUUUAGUCCAGAGCUGGCUGAAAAGCCUUAUUUAGUGGCCUUUAACAAAAUGGAUCUUCCAGAGGCAGUUGAGAAGUGGACUUCAUUCAAGGAAAGCCUGCAAGCUCGCGGUAUUGAACCUUUUUGCAUGAGUGCAGUGAAUGGACAGGGUACCCGUGAAGUGGUCUAUGCUGCAUAUGAGCUUUUGAAGAAAAGAAGGGAAGAAAAUAAGGAAGCAGAAGGUUGGGCAGGUCCAGUAAACCUGAAUCACGUGGCUGACAUGCUACUUAAGCAACGGAGUACUUCUAUUAAUCAAUUUGAGAUAUCUCAUGAUAGCAGUUCCAAUACUUGGCAUGUAGUUGGGGCUGGGAUACAACGUUUUGUUCAAAUGACAAACUGGCAGUAUUCAGAAUCUCUGAGAAGGUUCCAACAUGUUUUGGAGGCAUGUGGUGUGAACAAAUCUCUCAUCAAACUCGGUGUCAAGGAAGGAGACAGGGUGAUAGUUGGUGAGAUGGAGAUGGUGUGGCAUGACUCCAACGACAAUUUUGGCUCAUCAAAUGGGAGUAAGAGUUCAGCAGGAUCAGUGAAAUGGCCUGAAUGGAAGUAGUCUACCUACUUAAACCAGAUGGUAAUUAAUUACUGGUAAGAAAAUAUGGCACUAAUUAUAUUCUAUUCAUUUUUAACAGUGAAACAAAUUGAGUCUCCCCAGUCAAAACUUUCAAUUAGAAAGUUAUCGUCGAUUCAGCUUCAAUGA